AACGAUCCCAUCUGGCAGCAUCUGUCGCGGGAGCUCCUGACCGGCGUGGACUUUCUGCACUCGCAUCGCAUCAUCCACCGCGAUCUGGAACCGCAGAAUCUGCUAGUUUCCGCUCAGGGCCAUCUGAAGAUUGCCGAUUUUGGUCUGGCCAAAACAUACAACUCCGAAAUGAAGCUGACAUCAGUGGUUGUUACGCUGUGGUAUCGCGCUCCCGAGGUACUUCUUAUCCAGCCCUACAACAGUUCCGUGGAUCUCUGGAGUGCCGCCUGCAUAAUCUUUGAGAUGUUCAACCGGAAGGCUCUGUUCCCGGGCACAUCAGAGAAGAACCAGCUGGAUCGUAUAUUCGAGCUGACGGGCCGACCCACAGAUCAGCAAUGGCCCAAAACCAUCUCUGUGGCACGGGAGCAUUUCCCUCACCGCCUUCCCAAGCGGCCACGUGACUUUUGCCCCAACCUGUGCGAGUUCUCCGAUGACCUGUUGAAUCAAAUGCUGUCGUACGACAUAAACAUGCGCCCCUCGGCCCUGGAUUGCCUAGAGCACGAUUACUUCACGCAGGAGCCGCUUUAAGACAGGGCCACCGAUGGGUACAAUGGACAGAGCUCCCAGACGUAGUCGGGUGGAGUUCGUACGCAUUGGAUGGCCGCAACCAGUGUUUUGUUCUUGUCAUAA